UCCGGACCAGGCUGUGAUUGGAAAAGCACGAGACAGGAAAGGAAGCUUUGAAACUGUAGUCCGUAACACAAAAAACCCUACAAAACCCUCUGCAAAAGUUUGAAUAAACAAAAGUAAAAAUUCGUUCGUUUGAACUGAAAAUCGAAUCCAAUGGCAUUGUCAAUGUCCAAUGUUUUUCACUGCCGAAAACCCAAAGUUUCACCAAAAAAUUGUAUCCCAAACUCUUCAAUCUCCAAGUCCUCAUCUUCCUUUCUCAGGUUUCCCGGGAGAUUUGCUUUUCCAAAGACUAAGAUUGUGAUUUGUGCUGCUUCAUCUGCAGCUGGGAGUUCUAGUCCAGACGGUGACUUAAACCCGUAUGAGGUUCUCGGCGUGAGCCCUAUUGAGGGGUUUGAAAAGGUCAAGCAAGUAUAUACAAGAAAACGUAAGGAGGCUGACAAGCGAGGUGAUGAGGCUACUGCUGCUCUACUUGAGAAGGCAUAUGACAAACUCAUGAUGGCACAAUUAAUGAAUCGGAAGAAAGGUGUGACUUACGGUUCUUUUAAGGUUUCAAAGGAUGUCAAAUAUGCUGAUAAGCAGCCAAUUGUACCUUGGGGGCCAAGGUUCAGCAAGUCUAGUGUACAAGAUACACGCAUCAACUUGGCAAUUUCUGCUGUAUUUACAGCUUGGAUUGUAGUCAAGCGCAAUGCGGAAUAUAAACCUUUGCAGUUUUUGGCUUUUGCAUUUGUUUAUCGACUUUUCGAAAAAUUGAAGGCCUUUGAACCACCAGUAUCACCAACAUUUACAGAAGAAGGCGAAGAUGAUGGGCGGGGAGUGCGAAUGGGAAAAAGAAUUCUUCGUUCUCUUGCACUAGUUUUUGGUUGUGUUGCUCUGUCCUCUCUGGCAUACACUGGUCUUUUGAAUUUGAUCGAGUAUGUUGGCAGUUACAUACCUGCUGUUCUUUACAACAACCAGGAACUCAUAAUCACGACAGCAUCAGCAGUCACUCUGUACAUUAUGGGAUCAUACUAUAGGUGAUGAGUUUAGUUGGAGAUCGAGGCACGCUUCAGCAGUUCAUAGUUGAGGAGCUUGUUUCAUUUCUGUUAAUUUUAGCUCUCCAAUUUUGGCAAACAAGAUACAAAUCUUACAAGGUUGAAAAUUAAGAGGGAAACAUAGGUUUUGAUUCUAACAUGAAUGUCACUUACCUGUCGCUAGUUGUAGUUCUGUUUGGUCUUAAAUCCUCCAUAUCCAGUGCCCGGAAAACAUCAAUUGCAAACUCUCUUCCCUU